GACGAAUGCAUUUUCCUUUUUCUUCUUUUUCUUGGGUGUCUAAAAGCUCAUACAGUAUUUGGUGGGUUUUUUUGUUGUCUAAUUUUCCAUUAAAAUACGGAGAAUUCAACAACAGGGGCAGUACUUCUGUACUUCCAUUCUGCGGAGAAUUGGAGGGCGGGUGGAAGAGAGAUGGGGAUUCGAUUCAUAUUAAUGGUGAACAAGCAAGGUCAGACUCGGCUUGCCCAGUACUACGAAUACCUCACCCUUGAAGAAAGGCGCGCCCUUGAAGGCGAAAUCGUUCGCAAAUGCCUCACUCGCAACGAACAACAGUGUUCUUUUGUGGAGCAUCGCAAUUACAAAGUCGUUUACAGGAGAUACGCGUCGCUGUUUUUCCUGGUUGGAGUCGACAAUGAAGAAAAUGAGCUUGCCAUUUUGGAAUUCAUUCACCUGCUUGUGGAAACAAUGGAUCGUCAUUUUGGCAAUGUGUGUGAGUUGGACAUAAUGUUUCAUCUCGAAAAAACACACUUCAUGCUGGAGGAGAUGGUAAUGAAUGGGUGCAUCGUUGAGACCAGCAAGUCCAACAUUCUUACUCCCAUACAACUCAUGGAAAAAGCAUCAUAAGUAGGUAGUUUUGCAGUCUGGAACCAACCAAACAUCUUCAAUUAUCAUAUUGUUGAAUUGCCUUUGCUUUGUUUCAAUGAUCAACUUCUUAAUGUAUUUUGUACUUGUUAAGUGCUUCAAAUGUUUAUGUAGACAAUCCAAAUCACAUAAAGAAUAAACAGAAGAAUUGGUU